GCUCCCGGCGGCCCCUUUGUGUGGGCACCAGUCGCCGGCCGCGCUCCCGAGAAGCUGCUGCCGCCAUUUUGUGCGCGCCUGUGUUCGCGCCCACCCCCGCCCGCCUUUCCGGGGGAGCGGCGGCACCGGGGACGCCCCGACUGUGCUGCCGGUCAGGUGAGGCGGAGCGGAGGCGCCGGGCCGCGCCGAGGGAGCCACCGCCGGCGGCCGCCGCAGCCGUGAGGUCGCGUUGCUCGCGGGGAGAAGAAGCGGCAAGACGGAGCAGGAGGGGAAAAAACCUCCGGAGCUGCCCCCGAACAGGAGGAGGAGUCUCGGCGCCAGGCCCAGGCGCGGCACCGGAGGCAGCAUGGAGAACUCGCAGCUGUGCAAGCUGUUCAUCGGCGGGCUGAACGUGCAGACCACGGAGGCCGGGCUGCGGGAGCACUUCGCGGCCUACGGCACCCUCACCGACUGCGUGGUCGUGCUGAACCCGCAGACCAAGCGCUCCCGGUGCUUCGGCUUCGUCACCUACUCGGCGGUGGAGGAGGCGGACGCCGCCAUGGCCGCGUCCCCCCACGCGGUGGACGGGAACGCGGUGGAGCUGAAGCGGGCCGUGUCCCGGGAGGACUCGGCCAAGCCCGGCGCUCACGCCAAGGUGAAGAAGCUCUUCGUGGGCGGCCUCAAAGGGGACGUGGGCGAAGGGGACCUGGUGCAGCACUUCAGCCAGUUCGGCCCCGUGGAGAAGGCCGAGAUCAUCGCCGACAAACAGAGCGGGAAAAAGCGCGGCUUCGGUUUCGUCUACUUCCAGAACCACGACGCCGCCGAUAAGGCGGCCGUGGUCAAGUUCCACCCGAUCCAGGGCCACCGGGUGGAGGUCAAGAAGGCCGUGCCCAAGGAGGACAUCCAGGCGGGCGGGGGAGGCGGCGGCUCCUCCAGGCCCUCGCGGGGAGGCAGAGGAGGAAGGGGUCGGGGCGGCGGCGGCUCCGGCAACCGGGAUCACAACGGGCUGUCCAAAGGAGGCGGCGGCUACAACAGCUACGGCGGCUACGGCGGGGGAGGAGGCGGCGGGUACGGCUCCUAUGGCAGCGGCUCCUACGGAGGCGGCGGCGGAGGGGGAGGCGGAGACUACGGCAACGGGUACGGCGGGUUCGGCAGCUACAGCCAGCACCAGUCCUCCUACGGCCCCAUGAAGAGCGGCGGAGGAGAUAUGCAAGAUAUUGGGCAUAUAAAUCCCACUGAUUCCAGUGAAAAGUUAAAUGUGUAGGGCUUGGUGCUUCUGGGCUGAAGAAUUUGAAUGAAAUUUCAAGGGUGCACCUCUGUGUGAAUGAGAGGAUGGGAAAGCUGAGCCCUGAAAAGCACACCACAAAAGUCGAGUAAGUGAACAGAAACCUGAGCUGAGCCCCUGACAUACAGUUCCCACUCUGAAUAAACUAUGGAAUAUUGAACAGAAAAAGAGCUUUGACCAGAAAAUACCAGGCAAGAUAAUCCUGUCUGUUACCUGUGAGGAAGUGAUGCUGCCUGAGGCAGGUUUUUCUGUUCUGGUAAAAUAAUCUGCCUGCAGAAACAAUCCUGUCCAAAUUUUUGUCUAUGGCAUCUGUGAGUUUCACUCAUUUGUGUUGAUGCUGCGGCACAUUAUGUUACAAUAGGAGGGUGGUGGGCUGUGUUUCUUGGCUUUUGCAAAGAGCAAGAAAGGAAAUGUUUUUAAAAAAUCCAAGAGGAGAGUAAGACAAAUGAGUGUACAGGGAAAAACAGUAACAAGAGACUUGGGUUAUGAGAUUCUGAAUGGGAAUAGCUUUAUUUAUGCUGUUCUCUCUAAGUUAUAGUAUACAAAUAUUAAUUAAGCCAUACAUCUUUAUGAAGCAUAUGCAUAAUUUCCCCUUAUUACAGAAGGUAAUAAGGAAGAAUUAAGUAUUGUAUUUAAAAAUGAAUAAUCACAUUAAAAUGAUAUCUUAUUAGAAAAAUUUUGGUAAAAAAAUCCCACUUUUUGAUUCAUAAAGUAAACUUUUUACAAGUUCAGUCUUUUUCUGAGCCUGUAGCAAGAACUGUACACUCAGUAGCUGCAGAGUCUAAGGAGGCAGAGAGACUUGGUAGCAUUUAAGCAACUGAAUACUGGCCUUUGCCUUUGUUCCAGUGCCCACAAGAGUUGUUUAUACAGCUUUUUUCCUGAUUUUCUUUUCAUUUUGAGCUCUAAAUUCUAAACAAUAAAAUCAAUCUGAAAAUCUUCCUGCAAA